AAUGAUGGGAUCAGCUUGUCAAUAGUGAACUUGACCCUUUUUCAGGACCCGACAUGUCGAGAGCUUGCCACAUUGUCAGUUGACCAACAGCUAAAUAAUUUCGUUUAGACUUUUCAGAACUUUGUGCCUCAUAACACAAAGGUACUAAUUAUCGAAAACAGUCUUCAAGACCGUUUACCAGUUGUUUAUCCUCUCCAACGUUUAGAUCUCUUACCGAAGGCGUAAUUAAUUCCCUCGGCUUGCUUCUGGAAAAACAAGCUGACUAUCUUAGCCUCAACAUACUAUUUCGUCUGCGGAACAUGAAUGAUAAGUUUCUCUUGCACACGUGGCUAUUCGAAGCCACUUAUUAAAACAUUUCCUCUUAGACUUAAGAGCCAAUGAAGCGUCCGCCUCUUCUAGAGCAUUCGACGUUAUCUUCAGCACAACCAAAUAUGCGUUCAUUUCUCUACAUAAUCCUAGCCUUUUCUCCGUUCAUAUGCGCAUUUCCGGAAGUGGAUCUUCUUUUGCCCGGGAUUCAUGAUCAGAAGUUGCAAGCAGGGAUCCUGAGUGAGGAGAACAACACGAGAACUUACCUGGUAACCUUUAUGGAAACUGGAGAAUUAGCAAAUCCCAAAACUAGGCAGAACACUAUGACUGCAAUCUCCGCGCCGGAUUCUUUUCAACUAAUAAGCGCCGUCAACAAGGAAAGAACUGCUCUGUUGUCCUGUGAUAUCUCGUCAACUACGGCUACUUCUUGUCAUGCCAGUGUUGGGGAGCUCCAAGUUCGUGGAACACUGAAAUCGAAAGACCUCAACUGGACACCGGUGCCUGUCACAACUUCAUAUGAGGAUCGCAAGAAGAAUGGUGACCCAACAUCGUCUCCUUCUUACUGUUCAGCUGCUAGGGAAACUGCCGUUUCUCAAGGCACAUCAUCAAACACAGUGCCUGCUGUCAACGAGCCUUUUUCAAAGGAGAGAAAGAGCUCAAAUGAUUCAGUCCUUCUCAACGCUUUCCGUUUGGCAAGCAUAAAAUUAUUCCAAGAUGAAGAGACAUCUGAGCCUUUUAUGACUGAAGUUUUAUACACAAGCGGUUUUGCCAUGUUGAUGUUUGCCUACAGUACCUUCUUUUCUGAACCACCGCAUUCACUUUUCGGCAGAACUACCGUGUCCUGUCUCAGCAUGUUAUGUAUACGCGGCGGUGGCUUCGCCACCCUGGCAAGGAAGAAAACCUUAUGCAAGCAGAGGCUUUCAGUGAAAUAGUUUCUUUUCUGCAUUCUCUUUAACCGGCCAAUACUGAAAAUAUACGUGUUCACCAACCUACUCAUAAGCGGAUCUAAUCAGUUCUGGCAACUUUUCCAUUUCUCCGCAUACAAGCGAAUAGUAGCAAUCAUAUGGCUAAUUCUUGGGAAUAACCCAAAGCGACGUUGAGUCUAACCGGGCCAGGUGCAAUGUUACCCGCAAUGCCACCCUUAUAGAAAUUCUGUUGUGUGUAAGCAUUAUUGACGGAUCCUUAUAGAUCUGGGGGCAAGCGUGGUGGUUUCGGAGGCUGUGUUGUUUGAGAAUUCAUCAACCACCUUCCAUUGAUUCCGUCAAGCAACAACCUAGGAGAUGAAAGUGAACCGGGAUCUUAUUAUCCAGGGCGUUUUGCACUAAAAAAC